GGCAAACAACUGGAGAGAGAGAGAGAGAGAGAGAGAGAGAGAGAGAGAGAGAGAGAGAGAGAGAGAGAGAGAGAGAGAGACAUAGAGAGAGAGAGAGAGAGAGAGAGAGAGAGAGUUGGACCCCUGCGCUCCGCUCCAUCGACCUGCAGAGGCGCACACAGCUUCUAUCGGACGCUGGACACACAUUUCGGAGCUUUCUUUUUUGUUUUCAGGGGGAAUGCUCCAGGUGGAUCCGCUGUUUGGAACAUGCUAUUUGGAAAUUUGGUAGUGGUUGUGUUCUGUCUGUGGGGAACUGAUGUCAGCAGAGCUUAUGUUUUUCAAGCCAGUAGACCUGGAGAGGGAGGAGACAACCCACAUCCUCACAUUACAGAGUGGGUCAGCUCAGCGGGCUCCUGCAAGGGGAAGUGCUUUGAGCUGGAGGAGGCCAAACCUCCAGGAUGCAGAUGUGACAAUCUGUGUAAAACCUACUACAGCUGCUGCUCCGACUUCGACGAGCACUGCCUGAAAACAGCGGGGGGUUUCGAGUGUACGCAGGAUCGCUGUGGGGAGGAGAGGAAUGACGAUCACGCCUGCCACUGCUCAGAGGACUGCCUGGAGCGAGGAGACUGCUGCUCCAACUACAAGUCGCUCUGCAGAGGUGAGACUUCAUGGGUUCAUGGAGACUGUGAGGAGAUCAAGGCUGCUGAAUGUCCUGCAGGCUUCAUCCGUCCUCUCAUCAUGCUGUCUGUGGACGGGUUCAGAGCCUCCUACCUGAAGAAGGGCAACUCUGUCAUCCCCAACUUACACAAACUGAGAGAGUGUGGAACGUCAGCACCCUACAUGCGACCAGUCUACCCAUCAAAGACCUUCCCAAAUUUAUACACUCUAGUCACAGGUCUUUACCCAGAGUCCCAUGGGAUCGUGGGGAACACCAUGCACGACCCUGUGUUCAAUGCCACCUUCAGCCUGCGCACCAGAGAGAAACUGAACCACCGCUGGUGGGGCGGACAGCCUAUCUGGAUCACAGCAGAGGAACAAGGAGUGAAAGCAGCCUCUUUCUUCUGGCCUUGGGUGAUUCCUCUGGAGAGGAGGAUUUUGACUAUCCUGCACUGGCUGCAUUUACCGGAUGAUGAGAGACCAUAUGUUUUCGCCGUGCACUCGGAGCAGCCUGAUGUCUUCGGACAUCGACUGGGACCGCUCAGCAGUGAGCUGGAUAACCCUCUGAGGGAGAUCGAUAACAUCAUUGGUCAGCUCAUGAACGGUCUGAAGCAGAUGAACCUGCAUCGCUGCGUCAACAUCAUCAUCGUAGGAGACCACGGUAUGGAGGAGGCCAGCUGUGAUCGGACAGAGUUCCUCAGCAGCUACCCGCUCAACAUAGACGAGAUCACGCUGAUCCCCGGCUCGCUGGGCAGGAUACGACCCCGCGAGCCCAAAUCCACCACAUAUGACCCAAAAGUUGUGGUUGCAAACCUCACGUGUAAAAUGCCGAGUCAGCACUUCAAGCCGUACCUGAAGCAGCAUUUACCCAAGAGGCUUCACUACGCCAACAACCGCAGGAUCGAGGACGUCCACCUGCUGAUGGAGAGGAAGUGGCACAUCGCCAGGAAAAUGCCAGAAAAACUGAGGACUCGGUGUGGUUUCUUUGGUGACCACGGCUUUGACAACAAGAUCACCAGCAUGAGGACCAUUUUCAUGGGUCAUGGACCGAGCUUCAAGUUCCAGAAAAAACUGCCGGAGUUUGAAAAUAUAGAAUUAUACAACGUCAUGUGUGACUUGUUGGGGCUGAAGCCGGCCCCCAACAACGGGACGUACGGCAGCUUGAACGACAUGCUGAAAGAUCCUCCGUACCAACCCAGCAUGCCAGAGGAAGUGACAUCACCGUCGCCAGCGUCCGACUCUGACGCCGCCGUGACGCACGACCUGGGCUGCAGCUGUGAUGAUGAGAACAAAGUGGAGGAGAACAUUGAAGCGUUCAGUCCUGCUCCAGAUGGAAGCUACAGUUACAACAGUACCCACCUCCCGUUUGGUCGUCCGGCCGUGAUGUUCGACACUCAGUACAGUUUGCUUCAUCACGUGGAGUUCAUCAGCGGCUACAGCAAAGAGCUGUCCAUGCCUCUGUGGACGGCGUUCACGCUGCCACGACAGGAGGACUUGACUCCGGUUCCGGAGGUCUCCACCGGCGUUCAGUGCGUCCGGGUGGACUCCAGAGUGUCAGCUGAUCACAGUCAGAGCUGCUCCACCUUCAGCCAGAACAACCAGCUCAGCCCCGGAUUCCUCUUCCCUCCAGAGCUGGCUACGUCUGCAGAGUCCAGAUACGAUGCCUCGCUCAUCACCAACAUCGUCCCCAUGUACCCGGCCUUCAAGAGGUUGUGGAGUUAUUUGACGGGGACGCUGCUGAGGCGUUACGCCGAGGAAAACAACGGCGUCAACGUUAUCGCCGGACCCAUUUUUGAUUUCAACUACGACAGCCUCCGAGACACCACGGAGAAGAUAAAAGAGCUCUCGGCCGACGCCCCCCCCAUCCCCACCCACUUCUACACGGUGGUGACGAGCUGCCAGGAGCAGAACCAAACGGUGGAGGAGUGUGAUGGCGAACUCGGGGUCUUUUCCUUCCUGCUGCCGCACAGACCGGAGAACAGUGAGGCGUGCAAUAGUGGAGAAGAUGAGUCGCAGUGGGUCGAAGACCUGCUGAAGCUCCACACCGCCCGAGUCCGAGACGUGGAGAUUCUGACGGGCCUGGACCUCUACCGGUCUACCAACCUUACCUUAACCAGCAUGCUGAGCCUCAAAACCUACCUGCAGACCUUUGAGAGUGACGACUAGAAACACAGAGAGACAGAAACACACGUACAGGAUGUAGGCCUUUGUAGAGGUCCUGCAUUUUCACCGCAUACUCGCUGGACAGCCAGCACCUCGUUGUUCCACUCCUGAGGAACUGACCGAGAAGUGCUUGGAAAAGGGACCACAAUUGAAUAAAUUUAAAAGAGUAAAAGAAUGGUUUGGCAAGUAGUAGUUUGAGGGAUUUCAAUAGGAAUAUUCAAUACCAUCACAAAAAAUCUGAGAGUGAAUAAGCUAGCACAAGAAUGAUGCAGGUAGGGGACUUUCUCGAUAGCUGCCAUUACACAUUUCAUUAAUACAGUUUAUACAGUACAUCAUCAUGCACACAUGAAGGACCAUUUAUAUUCCAACUUCCCAUCCAUUGCAUGCUAUAGAAUUUUUAACAUUUUUGAACGUGUCUUUUCUUACUCAUAAAAUUCUCUUGAAACUUGCAUGACUUGUAUCAGCUGAUCAGUUAUUUUUUUGUUAAAGUUAUACUAUCAUGUAAGGACCUCUUAUGUUAUCUAACUGUACUCAAACUAACAGCUAGUUCCAUUCAAAAGUAACAAAAUUUGCCUACCAGCACCUCUAAAGCUCAUUGAUAAACAUGUUAAACCAAAAACCCAAACGUUUCCUUUCAUACAACAUGCAAUAUACAUAUAAACAUGUAGCAUAAACUCAUUUAAACACACAGGGCUCAACGUGUGUACACCAGGGUCAGAAGGUAUCCAGAGGACUUUAAUAAGAUACUAAAGUGUGAUGCAUUAAACACAUAAGAAAUAAAACCUGACCUGAGCCUUUGAUAUGCUUAACCUCUAUAAUUAUUAAUAUCUUGAUUAUUAGAAAUGGUUAAUAUACAAACGUAUUACACAAAUAAACUAUUGCCCCAACCCUUUGUCUAAACGGUCACAGUUUUAGACCAUUCUAAACACGUGGUAAGAAAUUGCUGCAAAACUACUGCUUUAGGUUUAGUAAAAAAACAAAAGUAUAAUGGUUUUGCUUACAAUGACAAAAUUAAGAAAACAUUUAAAACACUACACGACUAAGGCAUCAAAUGUACUUGUUAACAAGGGACACAAACAGCGGUCUCAGGACUCAAUGGCAACCUAUUUGUGAUACAUCAAACCAUACGUGAUCCAUGCCAAAAUACGUUUCCCUGGAAAGAUAAUUCACAAUGCAAUGAAUGUAGUCAGACUGAUCUCAACCAAUCACUGCAUCAUUAACACAAACAUUAAUAUGGUUAAAAAAAAUACUCUCAAGAAUGGAGGGCUGGGACAGAUCCUUUCUAUUUUCAUGGCCUGCUAACAUUUUCCAGUGGUGGCUAAAACAAAUGGUGCAAAUGGAAGCCAACACACAAGUUCAAUGACAAUUUCCCUGAAAAAUGGCAGUUAAUAUAUAACCCUGGUGCAAAAUAAACAUAUCCGUACAUACAAAACACAAACAAACACACCAACGACGACAAUUUCCUCUUUGUGUUCACAUCCUCCUCCCUCUCAUCUCUCUUUCUCUCCCUCUGUCUCAGCUGAUCAUCUAAAUGUAUAUUUGUAUACAAUUUGUCAUAUUUAUUACGUAGCAUCAUAAUAAUUAUAGCACCAAGUGUUACAGUAUUAAUCCAGUGUAACAGAUCUGGCCCCGUUUACUGUGAUAAGAUCAUUGAUGUUGUGCUUGUUUUUAAGAGAGGUGACAAAACUGAUUCUACCUUAAAGGAAAAAUGUCCUUUCUUUUAACGUGGGGCUUAUUUUCUUACUUUUUACUCAGCAGCUUUGUUUUGGAAAUGCAGCCAAACCCCAUAGAGAGAUUCACAACAUCAGUUCGUUGGACAGGUUUGAAACAUGUCCAUUAUUUAAAUGACCAUCCAGCAUCUCUUUUGCUCCGUAACAUACCCGACUUUGGGCAUGUUAUGUCCAACAAAUGCAGAAGUAUGCAAUGAAGUAAAAUAAUGGACAUUAUAUUGGACAUUCAUGUUAAUAUUAGGCAACCCAUCCAGCUGUGUCCCGCAGUAUCGUUGGUGCACAGUGUCUUCACAAAGACACUUUACAAGAAAAUAUGUUUCCUUUAAUGCUGUAUCAGAAGCCCAACAACACUGGUUUCAUUUUCAGUUUGUCACCUCAUCUCCUUUUUCAACUUCCUGCAUUCCCAUGUUUAACUCAGAUAAAAGCAGUCAGAACCUGUAUUUUUUCAUGUUUAGUCUUUACUUUAGUAAUGUUUAACUGAUGAGUUAACAUAGCUAUCUAUCAAAGUUAUCAAUAAUAGAACAGAGAAAAUAAUCAUAAAAUGACUCGAGAGCUUGCCAAACGGUAGAAAAAGCCAUGUUUAUUGCUGUGGUCUUUCAAAUAAAAGAGAAUUUGAAAAUCUUGA